GUUUCGUCCGAAGUGACCAAACCUCCUUUGACCACCACCCUCUCUCCACGCCCUGACAGUCCGCUGCCAAAACCCACCACACAUCACGAAUACUUCUUUCACCGCAUCCGUAUUGUAUCUCUCGACUGCCAAAGAAAUCAUCACACCUUCUUCGCCUUGUCAGCCUUCCGAUUACCAUCCUAGUCGUGACGAGGCACCACGCUCAUCUGUACCUUUCGCAGCGCAGCCCGAUUGGGGCCCGUUCUCCAUCUGCCACCGCCCACCAACUUUGGUUGCACCUGCGACAGCGACCGCUGCCGACCGCCCGACGACCGACCGACCGACCGACUUGACCUCCCUCGACACCGCACUACACAACACUACACAACACUGCAUCACGUCUCUCCUCCUUCUGCGUGACGCCCGCCUACGCCUACGCCUACCACUGCAAAACCUCAGCCUCAUCUUGCCGACCACGGCGAACAGCAAAUAAAAAUCAUCCCUUCAUCUCCAAUCCCUCCUAGUGGUGUAGCACCUCCAACCUGCUUCCACCUCGCUGUGGACUGAACCGCCACUCCCUGUCCAUGCAAUUAUCACCGCCCUCGACCUAACAUCAAUAGCCUUCCCAGACCUACUCGGAUGCGCAUCGCAUCAACUCACUGCUAUGUCACUUCAAUACACGGCAGAGUUCCUCGUUCAUCUGCGAGAAUCACCACUAUGUAUCAAACCGCCCGCGUUGCCACCUGCUGAAGAAUGGAUGGGACCUCUCCCCGACAAUUCUCGAACCCAAGGCAGCAGCAACAACAAUAACAGCCAGACCAAGACUCCUGCCGACAGAAGAAGCAACGACAACCCUCUGCUUGAUCAAACGAAUCGUCGCCCCGCCCUUGAUCGUCACGUCUCACGAAACAGCGCAAACCCCGAAGACAUCAUUCUCGGACCGCCCCGAACUGCUUUUGCUUCUGCUACUUUGCGCAACGGCAAACCUUUCGACAGCGAAAAGGGCAUCAAGGACGCUGACUCGCCCAGUCGCUUCAACUUUCGCAACCGCAACGGAGACACCCCAGAGGGUGACCGCUUCCGCGACUCGAGAAACGCCAACUUCCGUCGUCGUGGUGACGGCGAUCAGGAUCAGGAGGGAUGGAGCACCGUCAAGCCACGCAAGAGCUUCGGACACGAGGGCGCCGAGCGCUUUCAAGGUCGUAUGGGCGCUGGUGGUGGCGAUAGGCUCCCCAACGAACGUCGUCCGCGUGAUCGCGACGAUCGGGAGGGUCACAGAGACCGAACCCUCCGCACCUUUGAGCACCACGACAAGGACAAGGACCAUGACCACGAGGAAGCUGAAUCACGACCCCGAAACGGUCUUAGCAGGGGCAAAUCGGAGCCCUGGUUCAAGAAUGACAGCAACAGUAACAACAACAUCAGCAACAAUAGCAACGUUGCCAGCACUCCCGAGAAGCCUCCCAUGACAGCUCGCGAGCGCAUCGAUCGUGCCAAGAGCUGGAGAGAUCGAAAUCGGGAUGCCGAACCCGUUGAAGAGAAGACUACCAGCCGGAACUACGAGCGUCGUUGGGAUCGAGGUGAUCACAGGCAAGAACGAGAGCCCGAGUGGUUUGACGAACCUGCCGGAGAGAAGUCAGGAGGCCACACGGAAGAAGAUUUCAAGAAGUUCAUGGAGAGCAUGAAGGCCAGCCGUAACGCCUCGGCUGGGGACAAAGCGCCAGUCGCGGUCGCCGAGGCUGCGAUCAAGGCCGAGCAGCCGGCUGUCGCUUCAGCGCCUGCUGUCGAGGUUGGUCCCGACCAGUUCUUCCUCAAGUUUGCAUCCACGGCCGGCUUGGAUGCCGGUUCCCCCAUUGAACCCAACAAGGAGACUCCCGCCAAACCUAAGACUGGCGGUGGCAAGUCGUCGCGCUUCACGUCCUUCUUCAACGCUCCUCAAGACGACCCCAGCCGUCGCAUGCAGACAGAGCCCUCGACACCUCUUGCUGGACUGUCUAUUGGUGCUCCUGAUGGGUCUGCGCCGGCUCCCGAUUCCGAGAAGCAAGCUUUUCAGGCUUUGCUCAUGAAACUGCAGCGUUCCAACGUCCAGUCUUCUACGCCCCCCGCAUCGCACCCUUUCCAGGAACCCCCCCCACUUGCGCGUGAACCGGCUUCUUCAAGUUCAGUAGCGUCGCCCGAGCCAUUCCAGCAAUAUGGCGGCGAGCGCCGGGAGGAACACCGUCCUCGCAUGCCCCAAGCCUCGAUGUCUAUGUCGGACAUUCUUGCUCCGCGCCCCACGAUGCCAGGCCAGCAGCCUGCUGUCCGCCAAGACCAAUUGCUUCAGGAGCUGGUUGGCCAGCGUCACCAGGCCUCUAGCCAGGGCUCAGGUAGAAUGGAGCCGAACCAGGGUCGCAACAUGAGCAACACUGAGUUCUUGAUGAACUUGAUGAGAAACCAACCCGAGCCUCCGCGCACCGAACAGCUUCUCAUGCGCAUGCCGCAGCCUCAGCGUGCUGCUCAGAUCCCGCAUGCUCCAGAACGUGAUCCCGACUUCCCGCAGGGGAUUCCCCAGGGGAUCCCACAGGGCAUGCCGCAGGGCGGCCGUGGCUCUCAACGCCAGAUGAGAGGCCAAGGCCCGCCGGGCUUCAUGGACGAAGCAUUCCACCACCCGGAACCCGAGGCUCGUAUGCAGCCUACACAGAUUCUGCAGCGCCCUCCUCCGCCACCUGGUUUGGAUCAGAUGAAUCCCAACUGGAUCCAGGGCGGCGGUCCCCUUCCCCCUCAACAGAGAUCUAUUAUUCCUCCUCCUGGUCUUGCGGGCGGUCCUGGACGCAAUCACCCCAUGGGUGCAAUGUUUCCGCCCAACUUCCCUCCUGGCGCAUUCCCGCCCCCGGAGGUCAUGGCGGGCCCGCCCCCGCGCAACAUGCCACCUCCUCCGGGCUUCUUCGGCGGCCCUCCUCCUGGAUUCAUUCCUCCGCCUGGAAUGCCUGGAUUUCCUGGUCCUGCCGGACCCGAAGGUCACGGUUUUCACUUUGACGGACGCAUGCCUCCCCCGGGCGCCGCUCAGGCGUUCCGGAGACAGUAGCCAUCACCAUACAACCUACGGAUCCCAUUUCGACCUCGUCUUCGGGGUCACACUGCCGCAGCACAUCAACCGCUGUAUCAAACUUAUUCGAGUCUACAUAAAAAUGUUCAGAUGUAUGUUCAUGAGAAGGACAUGAUUUGAACACAACACCAUGGAAUUGUCGGAAUCGUGACGUACUGCUUGUCGGGUUUACUCAAUCAACAACAACCUUAUCUCUAAUCCUCGGUAAUGACGUCUUUCUAGUUGGACUGGAGAGGGCGAUGCUUUCUGGUUCCAUCAGUUUGACACUCGCGGCCGACCGCCUCGCCAGCGAGGUAACGCACUGUUGCGAGUGCAUAUACAUCGCUCAAGAGUAGAAGCUGACAAGACCGUUGCCUGGGACCAGACUACGAGAGCCUCGUCUGCCUCACAUACCAUUGAAGAUUCAGGGCGGAUGGUACUUGAAUCGAAACAUGAAAACGACCGAGGAAUUUCGGAGGGGGACUGUGAGAGGAUGCCUUGAUACUGUUCUACCAAGGUAGAUAUGAAUGAGAUGAAAUGGAUGUCUUGCCCUUCGCGUCUGUGACAUAGUUUCCCGUAUCUAAUGUUGUCCCUAACGUAUGUGUGUGUGUGGGACUGAAAUCCAUCACACUU